AUGUGGCAAACAGCAGCCUGCAUUAGCUUACUGUUUGAAACAGUGCGUCCUUAUGUAUCAACAACUUUCCAGUGUCCUCAAGGCUCUUACCUAUCAACUUUCAACACUGCUUUUGUUGGUAAAGAACGCUAUUACAAAUUUGCAUGUUCAACAUUCGACAGUAUUUAUACGCGGAUGAAUGAAACGUGUAGGAUGUCGGAUAGCGCAUCAUCCUACUUAGAUGACAUAUAUUUAAGUUGCGGAAGCGAUCAGUAUACAGUGGGUGUCAGAAUUGUUGAAGAUAGCUCUGAAAAAUUAAGUGCAUGGCAGUUGCUUUGCUGCAGUGGUAAAUCAAUCAAAAUUCGGAUAGAUGACUGCAUUGAUACCAAAUUUCUAAAUGAGUACCAUCGGUCGUCAACAUUCUUUACUGGUACCCAAAUCAUACGUAAGUGGCAAGCAGUGCUCGAUGACAAGAUUCCAAAAACACAAUAA